AUGCGUUCCAGUAUCUGCUUUACGGUCUUUGCAAUACUUUUUGAUUCUUUGGCGGCCGCCAUCAGCAUCACCGAGCCGACGGCUAAUUCGACUUUUGCUGCCGGAUCCACUAUCACUGUGAAAUGGACCACGGUCGACACAGACCCCUCAUACUUCAGUCUCUAUCUCUGGAACUUUGUCUCAUGGCCUCCGUCUUAUAUUGCUCUGGCCCUCGAUGUACCUUCUGCGGAUGAAUCCCACACUGUGCAGAUCCCGUGUGAUACCAAUCCUGAAUGGGGAUACCAGCUCAGCGCGAUCAACGGGACCAAUGUCUAUAUUAUCUAUGCCCAGGGAGAACGCUUCACAGUCAGUAAUCCUCUGAACGGCAGUCACUGUGUCGACAGCGUACCCUCGGACACCACGUGCAGCGCCACGACCGCGGUCUCCACCGUCUAUGUCACGGUAAGCCCUACUGCAUCCAGCAUUCCAUCCAGCCCGCAUCACCAUGGUCAUUCCCAUCACGCCCCAUCGUCUCCCAGUCUAUCAUCCACCACUACUGCCACUUCUUCCGUGUACACGAAGCCUGGAAUUGUCCCUAAAACGAUUGGUUGGUGCUCAGACUACUCCCACCCUGUGACCUUGGACCAUCCGCCUGUUCCGGCCACCGCCAUUACUACUGCUGCACCUGAGCAGGCGAGCAGCGUCAAGCCAGUUUUUGUCACCACUAUUACUACCACGAUUGCUAGCCAUCCUCUCCGACUCCCUAGGUCUGCUGCUAGAUAUUAG